AGGUACGUGACCUGCCAAUUGAUAUAUUUGACGAUUUGAUUGAUAUUAUUUUUGUUUAUAAUGUUUAAAAAUACUUUUCAGAGCGGGCUAUUAUCAAUAUUUUACAGUUGUGGAUCUAAUCCUCUCGCGAUAUGGGACAGCGAAGUCCAGAAUGGGCACAUCAAACGGCUCACCGACAAAGAAGUCAAUUCCAUUGUCCUCGAAAUCGUAAGCACAAACGUUGCAACUACUUACAUCACUUGCCCAAAGAACAACCAUGUUUUGGGAAUUAAACUACCUUUUCUCGUCAUAAUAGUGAAAAAUCUAAAACGGUAUUUCUCUUUCGAAAUAACUGUUCUCGAUGACAACAAUAUGCGGCGACGGUUCAGAAUAUCUAAUUUCCAGUCGACUACAAAAAUCAAACCGUUUUGUACGAGCAUGCCUAUCGGACUGUCGGGGGGAUGGAACCAGAUACAGUUUAAUUUGGCAGACUUUACAAAAAGAGCGUAUGGCACGCAGUUUAUUGAAACGCUCCGUGUCCAAGUACAUGCCAAUGCUCGAUUGCGUAGGAUCUAUUUCAGCGACCGCUUGUAUACUGAAGAAGAGUUGCCACAGGAAUACAAACUGUACUUGCCGCUAGAGAGGAAACAGAAGAAAGAUAAAAAAGACGCGAAAGAAGCGGCGGCUCCGGCUCCUGCCGCAGCCCCUGUCGUGGCCGAUGCCGCAGCUCCUGACGUGGCCCCUGCCGCCGCCCCUGCUCCUGUCUCUGCCCCGGCUGAAGUUGCACCAAUCCCCGAAGCGCCUACACCUGAACCUGAAGAGCUUAAAUCUGAAGCUCCUCCUACACCGACCGAAACGCUGCCUGAAGGUGAAGCAGAGCCGCCAGCCGGGGCCGAGGCUGCGGAAUCAGAGCCCGCCGAGGGACCGGCAGAGACCCCAGCAGAGACCGCUCUGGAAUCUACUGCGGGAACACCUUCCGAGCCCGCUUCAGAGCCUGCCGAUGUAACAGAAGGAGAGGAAUCUGCUGCCGCGACUCCUGCUGCUGAGACCCCUGCCGCUAAGACCCCUGCCGCUGAGACUCCUGCUGCUGAGACCCCUGCCCCAGAGGAUUAA